CGUCAAAUUGCGGCCGCUACUUCUGGUGUUUGUUUGUCCCGCAGAUAAUCGAUCAUUACACAGCAGAUUUUAUUUCUGUUCAUUAAAGGUUAUUAAAGUCAUUAAGCGUGUUAAAUGGCCACGUUUUUCGGUGAAGUUUUAUCGGUGUACUCGCGCGCUGUUGAAGAAGAUGAAUAUGAUGACAUGACAAAAGAAAACGAGGAAGACGAAGAAAUCCGACGAGAAAUAGACGAGAAGAGGUCAGUUCAUGUGCAGUGGAUGAACUCACAGACACACAGUGAAUGUCUGCAGUGUUCUGAUCUGAUCAUCAGUGUCGGUCCAAACGCCUGUGGCUUUAUCUCGGCGUAUGUGUUGAGUUCUGGCGGCUGGUCAGCGGUCGGGUGGGUUUCUCUGUGGAACGAGCGGAGUCACGGGUCCAGUCGGCCACUCACACCUCCAGUGUCCGGAGAACCGGCCUGUGUUCUGUACCAACAGAACCAGAACCCCUCUGUGGUGAUAUGUCAGUGCACCUGUUAUAUUGCUGAAGAUCAGCUCUUCCAGUGGACUGAGAAGGUGUUGGGUUGCGUUCAGAAGAGAGAUCUGCAUGUGAGCGUGCUCUCUGACUGCGCUGUCACCGAAUAUAAAACAUUAGACUACCUGAGUGGGAGCAGCACACCCUUCCUGCGCGCUCUGAAGACCGGCACUCACACGGGUCGCGUGGCCUGUCCUCUGCUCGAGCAGCCCAACAUCAUCACUGGAUUACCUGCAGCAGUUCUCAGUCACUGUCAGGUUCAAAGGAUCCCAGCUGUUCUGUAUCAGUGUUACAGUGAUGUCACACACCCAGACUCCGUCACCAUGGAAACAUAUAAACCUGCACUUGCAUGUCUGAGCGCUGCAGUGAAGUGUGACGAGUGUCCCAGCGCAGAGAUUCUGCAGAAGUUCACACGCGUCACUGAAGUCCAGAGUAAUCUUUACACAUAGAUGACGUGCAGAACAUGUGGAACUCUUUCAAUUGCAUUAUAACAUUCAUUAAAGCUGUUAUUUUAUGUUGUGUUGAUUGAGUAAAUUCACUGUCAGUGGAGAGUUUGAACACUAGAUGGAGCUAAAAACCAAUGAACAGUUUUAAUGAGAAACAGGAACUCCAAACCAACAAUCUCAUAAAAUAGGACUGCCGUAUGAUGGGUAAAACAUACACGCUUAUAGCUUUACUAGUUUAUAAGAUGGGAACAGUGUUGUGUGUGUGUAUAGUAAGGAGCAGGAAUUAAUGGGGUUA